CCUCGCAGGCGGGGCCGGAUCCCCGCUGCCCGCUCGGACCGACAUCGCGUUGAGCCUGCGCUCGCCCCUAAGUCCCCGCAGCCGUGCAGAUCGCCCCUCGCGCUGGCCCGCAGCUGUUGCAGAGACCUGACCGGAGCUGGAGCUGGAAAUCGGGGGACCCUGUGCCAAGCUGGGGCUGUGAUCUCAGCCAGGCGAUGAGGGUGUCCGCGAGUCAGUGUAGGACCGACUCUCACUGCAGUUUGGAAGAGAGGGGAUGCAGAGAGCGACCAAUGUCACGUACCAAGCCCACCAUGUCAGCAGGAACAAGAGAGGGCAAGUGGUGGGCACGAGGGGCGGCUUCCGCGGGUGCACAGUGUGGCUGACAGGCCUGUCUGGCGCAGGGAAGACCACGGUGAGCAUGGCCCUGGAGGAGCACCUGGUCUGCCAUGGCAUCCCGUGCUACACCCUGGACGGUGACAACAUUCGCCAGGGGCUCAACAAGAACCUGGGCUUCAGCCCUGAGGACCGGGAGGAGAACGUGCGGCGCAUCGCCGAGGUGGCCAAGCUGUUCGCAGACGCGGGCUUGGUCUGCAUCACCAGCUUCAUCUCGCCUUACACGCAGGACCGGAACAACGCCCGGCAGAUCCACGAGGGCGCCAGCUUGCCGUUCUUUGAAGUGUUUGUUGACGCCCCUUUGCAUGUUUGUGAACAGAGGGACGUCAAAGGGCUCUACAAGAAGGCACGAGCUGGAGAAAUUAAAGGUUUCACUGGGAUCGAUUCGGAGUAUGAGAAGCCGGAAGCCCCCGAGCUGGUGCUGAAGACAGACUCCUGUGACGUGAAUGACUGCGUCCAGCAAGUGGUGGAGCUGCUGCAGGAGCGGGACAUUGUUCCCGUGGACGCCUCUUACGAAGUGAAAGAACUUUAUGUGCCAGAAAACAAACUGCAUUUGGCAAAAACAGACGCGGAGUCAUUGCCAGUGCUGCAGAUUAAUAAGGUGGACAUGCAGUGGGUACAGGUGCUGGCUGAGGGCUGGGCCACCCCGCUGGGCGGCUUCAUGAGGGAGCGCGAGUACCUGCAGUGCCUUCACUUCGACUGUCUCCUGGACGGCGGUGUCAUUAACUUGUCAGUGCCUAUUGUCCUGACGGCCACUCAAGAGGACAAGGAGCGGCUGGAUGGCUGCACGGCGUUUGCGCUGAUGUACGAGGGCCGACGUGUGGCCAUUCUUCGCAACCCGGAGUUUUUUGAGCACCGGAAGGAGGAGCGCUGCGCCCGGCAGUGGGGCACCACAUGCAAGAGCCACCCCUACAUCAAGAUGGUUAUGGAACAGGGAGACUGGCUGAUCGGAGGGGAUCUGCAGGUCCUGGACCGCAUCUAUUGGAACGAUGGCCUUGAUCAGUACCGGCUCACUCCGACUGAACUCAAGCAGAAGUUUAAAGACAUGAAUGCUGACGCCGUCUUUGCGUUUCAGUUGCGCAACCCGGUGCACAAUGGCCACGCACUGCUGAUGCAGGACACGCACAGGCAGCUGCUGGAGCGCGGCUACCGGCGGCCCGUGCUCCUGCUGCACCCUCUUGGCGGCUGGACCAAGGACGACGACGUCCCCCUGAUGUGGCGCAUGAAGCAGCAUGCUGCGGUGCUGGAGGAGGGGAUCCUGAACCCUGAGUCCACCGUGGUGGCCAUUUUCCCCUCCCCCAUGAUGUACGCUGGACCCACUGAGGUCCAGUGGCACUGCAGAGCGCGGAUGGUGGCAGGGGCCAAUUUUUACAUUGUCGGCCGAGACCCAGCUGGCAUGCCUCAUCCAGAGACGGGGAAGGACCUCUAUGAGCCUACCCAUGGGGCCAAGGUGCUGACCAUGGCGCCCGGCCUCAUCACCUUGGAAAUUGUUCCCUUCCGCGUGGCGGCAUACAACAAGAGGAAGAAGCGGAUGGACUAUUAUGAUGCUGAACACCACGAGGACUUCGAGUUCAUCUCGGGCACACGCAUGCGCAAGCUGGCGCGCGAUGGCCAGCGGCCACCCGAGGGCUUCAUGGCGCCCUCGGCCUGGGCGGUGCUUUCCGAGUACUACCGCGUGCUGGAGAAGGCGUGAGCCGCCGGGAUGGAUGGAGCCGGAGGACCGAGCCGAGGACGAGGACGGACGGAGGGGACCCAGGGCGCUCGCCCUCUCAGCCCGCGCUGCCUUGGUCGGUCUCCCGUCGCUCGCUGCUUUUAAUGUCUCUUUUCCACUCGUUGUUUUCACUGUUCCUGCAGACGAUUUUACAGCCUUGUCUUUUUAGAUCGUGUUUAUGCUUCUGUCUCACAGUCCCUGCAAGCUGUUAGAUUAGUUGUAACCAGUAAUACACAGUCUUACUUUUUCCUCCCUUAAAAAAAGAAAAAAAAAAUUACUGAACGAUAAACAUGGCUAGACCUUGUCUUGGAAAUUUUGCAAGACAGCUGUAGCAGUGAGAUGUUUUUUCCUAUAUUGAACAUGUAAACCACUUCCUCUCUUCCUUCCAAUUUGCUAUUGAUCUUUCAGCUGUUAUAAUGUAAAACAUUCUUAGGACCUGGAUAAGCUCAGAACAGACUUCUUUAUUCAAUAAAAUUACAUUUUUUGGCUUAUU